AUGCAGGCGUGCCAGAGCAGCGUGGCGGGACGCCGGGCCUUCGAGAGCAUCUGCCCCAACAGGAUGCUGGAACAGCCUCGCGGUCCGCUCUGCAAGCCAGGGAAGCGGGAGAGGAAGUUCGUGCCCCCGUGGAAGUCCAUUUCUGGAUGCUGCGGCGGCAGCCUGGUGUCGGUGUACGAGGAUCCCCCGGAUGCGGAGCCCAAAGCGCUGCCAGCCCUCACCACCAUAGACCUGCAGGACCUGGCAGACUGCACCUCGCUACUCGGCCCCGAAGCGCCUCCUAGUGGUGGCCCCUCAGCUUCGCAGAACCAUUCCUUGCAAACCCAAGAGGACUUUGAUCUGCAGAAUUUCAGAGACACAGUGGAUGAUCUUAUUGCAGACUCGUCCUCUUUGAUGUCACCUCCAUUGACCGACGGUGACUUUCCUUUUUCCCCUUGUGAUUCACCUUUUGGGACCGGUCUCCCCCCAUCGCUGGACCCACCGACCUUGCAGUCCCUGUCACCACCGCCAUGUGCUCCAGACCUGCCGCAGCCAGAGCAGUACUGGAAGGAGGUGGCGGACCAGAACCAGAGAGCUCUGGGGAAUGCUCUCAUAGAGAAUAACCAACUGCACGUGACGCUGACUCAGAAGCAGGAGGAGAUCGCCUCGCUCAAGGAGCGAAAUGUGCAGCUGAAGGAGCUUGCCAGCCGCACCCGGCACCUGGCGUCGGUGCUGGACAAGCUGAUGAUCACGCAGUCCAGAGAUUGCGGGGCUGUGGCCGAGCCCUUCCGGCUCAAGGCCUCCGCCAAAAGGAGCCUGGAGGAGUUGCUGUGCGCUGCGGGGCAGGACUGCGCAGAAGUGGACGCCAUCCUCAGGGAGAUUUCUCAGCGCUGCGACGAAGCCCUACAGAACCGCGAUCCCAAACGACCCCGGCUGCAGUCGCAGCCCGUGAGCGAUGGCAGUAGGCCUGGGAACUUGCACGGCGCGUUCCACGGGCUGCGCACUGACUGCAGCCGGAGCGCAGUGAACCUGAGCCACAGUGAGCUGGAGGAGGGCGGCUCUUUCAGCACGCCCAUCCGCAGCCACAGCACCAUCCGCACCCUCGCCUUCCCCCAGGGCAAUGCCUUCACCAUUCAGACAGCCAGUGGGGGUUACAAAUUCCGCUGGGUCCCCAGCUGA